CGUCUGCGCCCUCGUCGGCGGUCGUGACACGGUCCGCGACCGGUAUUGCCCCGCCCCGCGGACUGCUUGGCGCCGCCCCUCAGUGCGCACACUGGUUUUUCGAGUUUCGGUGUCUCACGCGCCGGCUGCCUCUGUGCCUCUCUGUCUUCUCUUCCAUUCUCUCGGCCUUCCAGACCGGACAUUCAGGAAGAGCGGCUGUACACCUAACGGCCACUACGAUCGGGAGAGGUUGGGUGUGGAAUGAAGCUAGGCUUCGACACGAACGUCGUCGCCAGCAUGUCCCAAUUCCAGCUCGAACAAUCAUCCGUCAUCAAAACUGCCCCUCCAGGGCGCCAACUCGAGUUCUCACCUAAGAAUGAACCGAUCGACUUGGCGCCGCUCACGCAGUCGAAUCUGCAGGAUCUGUCGAAGAUGCAGCCAAUCGACCUGAAUUACUACAAUACAAAUUACCAACGGGCCUACGAGUACGCAGCGAUCGGGCUCGGCGGGCAUAAUCAGUCGUCGCUAAUCCCGACUCCGUCAACUGCCGGCCAGCUCUACUACGGCUUCCCAAAUGGAGUCGUGCAGCAGGACUGGGGCCGGCCCAUGGACACCUACACGGCCUACCCGAGGGCCACCACGCUGCAGUACAACCCGCAGGAGAGCCAGCAGGAGCGGGUGUACAAGGGAGUGGACAUGCCAAGCCCGGUGGACUCCGGGAUCGGAGCGGACCUGUCGAUGAUCACCGGGGCCAAGGAAGAGUUCUUCCAAUCGGACUCGAUGCUCGAUCGAUCGGCCGAGCGAGCGUUGAGUCACAGAGAUUCGCCAGUAGUUAUACCGAAAUUACACAACCCGCUAGGUUUCCAAUAUGUUCUUGAAGCGCCGAUCUCGACGUCGAUCCGGAAGGAGGACGACCGCAUGACCUACGUGAACAAAGGCCAGUUCUACACGGUCUCCCUCGACUACAUCCCCGACAUCAACAAACCGCUGAAGAGCGUCACCGUCAAGAGCCAGUUGAUGAUCGUUUUCCGAGAAGACAAAACCUACGAAGAAGAGAUCAAAACGUGGCAAUUCUGGCAUAGCCGCCAACAUUCGGCUAAGCAACGAAUUCUCGAAGUUGACAGCAAAAACAGCUCCGGAAUGAUCGGCCAAAUCGAGGAAAUUGCCCACAAUGCUGUGCAAUUUUACUGGAACCCCUCGGAGAACGGUGUCAAGAUCAGCAUCGCGACGCAAUGUCUCUCAACGGACUUUUCGAACCAGAAAGGAGUGAAGGGUCUGCCGCUGCACGUCCAAAUCGACACUUACGAUGGCGAGAACGAUAAGCAGCCCUUCCAUCGGGGGUACUGUCAAAUCAAAGUGUUCUGCGACAAGGGUGCCGAGCGAAAGUUGCGAGACGAAGACAAGCGAAACCAAAAACGCAAACUAGCAGGAGCCCUGUCCGGUAGGAAAAAAACUGAUGGGGAGUACCAUGAACCGUGUGAACGGUCCGAGUUCUACCAUAUGCGAGAGCUGGACAAACCGGCCGCUCUGUUCAUCGCCCCGGACGAGUACGACUCACGGUAUCUGGACGGCUCAUCGUUAGGCUACGAUGGCUUGUCAGACAUGGAGCCCGUGGCGAAGCGACCGCGACCGUCCGAGCGGAUAAUGCUGUACGUGCGGAAACGAGACGACCAGAUCUACACGCCACUGCACGUGAUUCCGCCGUCGUUGGACGGUUUGGCCCAGGCGGUUGCGCACAAGUUCGGAAUCGAUUCGCAAAAAAUCAGCGGAGUGUACAAGCGAUGUGCUAAGGGAGUGACGGUGAAGAUGGACGACGACAUGCUGCGCCACUACUGCAACGAGGACACCUUCAUUCUGGACGUCGAGCCGGCGCCGGAAGACUCGUCCUGCUUCGCCGCCACCCUCGUCGAGAUCAUGCCGCCGACGUACCAGUCCAGCUCCGGUUGAGAGGCAAGCGCCCCCGUGUUCUGUUGCUUCUUCUUGUUUUUACCGUUGUUUUCCCCGCGACCUGAUCUGAUUUCGUAUUUCACUGUUCCGAGUGGAGAGACUCGUCCCGUCUCCAGCCCCAUCUGCGAUUCUUAGCCUUUCUAGCCUGUCUAAGUCUUUUCUCCGGUUCGUUACUGCAGUUCGCGCGAUUCGGUGUUCCUUCGCCGCGCUUACCCCAAUUCGAUAUGAUCCUCACAUUUUUUUGUGUUUUUACCUAUAUAUACGUUUCACUUUGAUUAUUAUUGCUGCGUUCCUUGCUCUAUUCCAUUAACUUUGCCUAAUAUUGAAACCUGCAUUCACAAAUAAUUCCCAGAUACGCCUAUUUCCGCUAAUGUUAAAAAUCUCCUUAUGUGUGUGCAUGUGUGUGUACGAUCGCUGUACAUAGGAUGUCAAAUAUGAUGAUUAUGAAUAUAUUAUGAUGAAUGUGAUUCUAAAUGUAUUUGAUACAGCUAUUUUCCCACUCUCAACCUUGUGAUGAUCAAAUGAUGAAUGAAACGUGUUGCUUAUACUUUUAUACUAAAUGAGAACAUUUUAGAGUGCA